AUGAGAUCAAAGUUUAAGGGCGAACAUACAUUUGAAAAAAGAAAGGCAGAAGCAGAUCGUAUAAGACAAAAGUAUCCCGAUCGAAUCCCAGUCAUAUGUGAAAAGGUUGAAAAGAGUGAUAUACCGACGAUAGAUAAGAAGAAAUAUCUCGUUCCAGCAGACCUCACUGUGGGUCAAUUCGUUUAUGUCAUUCGAAAAAGAAUCAAACUAAACCCAGAGAAAGCCAUCUUUAUAUUCGUUAAUGAGAUUUUACCUCCUGCCGCAGCUCUCAUGAGCUCUAUAUAUGAAGAACAUAAAGACGACGAUGGUUUUUUGUACAUAACCUACUCUGGUGAAAAUACAUUUGGUCAGUAA